CCAUUUCCGACCAGAGAUUUUGAAAAACACGAUACUAUCAUAUGUGCUGUAGAUGAAACAGACGUAUAUGACUGCAUGAUUAUCAGCCCCAAGAGCAGGAUUAGAGCAUUCCUCCAGAGUUAAAAUGAUCUAGUAUGCAUACAUCUUUGGUCUUUUUGGAACUCACCAGAGCUGCGGAACUUAAAAUAAGACUGGAACGGUAUUCUAGCCGGAAAAUUGUGGUUGAUACACAGGUCUGUAGAACUGCUUUUGCUGCAGAAAUGAUUCGUGGAAAUCCAAGGGGGAGGUUUACUGGGCCGGUUCCCAGGCCCUUUGAAUCGUCUUAUGGUGAUGAAUAUGAAAGCUACACAGAAACAGACAUGAUGGCACCAUCAUCUGGAAAUGGAGAAGUCUGCCAUGGCUAUGUUCGCACAAGACUUGCACCCCCUGACCCACACCCUAUGGAGUACUACGGUUUGAAAAGGAGCAGCUCUGAAAGGUCCGGACCAUACGAGUCUUACGACUCCGGGUCUUCUAAAGGUAGCCGAGAUCUGCACAGAUCCGGCUUUGGGAGUAGUUAUGAUGGUGGAUAUGACAGCUCCCCCUCAAGUAAUCAGUUCUAUAGGGAGGAGUCCAGCUGGGACUCGUCCUACCCCAGGUCCGCUAUCAGGUCUGGCUUUUUGGAUAAUGAUGGAAGAGAUGGUUACUCUUCCUACUCCAGCAGCGACUCCCCCCACACGAAGCUCGCGCCCUUCGGCUCGCGGGGCCGAGGAAUGCCUGCUUACCCCCAAAACAGUUUUGGCGGGAGAAGCAAUGAUGUGGGAGGACCGCCUGCAUUCAGAGGCCGAGGCAGAGGAUUUAUAGCUGGUGGCAAUGGAAUCAGGCAGCCUAUGACUACAGCCCCACGCCCACAAGCUUUUAGACCAAUGGAGAGGGGCAAGCCAGCAAUGAUACAUUAUGGGAUACCCAGACCAGAGUUCUACGGUGGUUACCAGCAUCCACCCCAACCGGCAGCCCGUGGUAUGAAGAGGAAGAUGAUGGCACCCCCUAUGCCUGCCAUGAUGGUGAAGAAGCAGAAGCCUUUCCCGGUCGUCUACGAAACUGUAACAAACAGUCCGUCAGAGGGCCUUAAUACCAAGACUGAGAAAGAUGAGGACACCGAUGACUCAGAGUCGAAACAGAGGAAAGUCAGGAGGGAGAAGCAGAAGCGUAAACGAGUGAAGGAAAUAGAGAAAUAUGGGGACAUGCACAGGCUGGCCUUCACAUGUGCAUUCUGUAAAGUUCGCACAUGUGACGACAAGGAGAUCGAGGAUCACUUUGCCAGCACAUUUCACCAGCAGACACUGGCACACAUUCAGAAGCAGACCAAAUUUGAUGACAAAACGAUGGCUUUCUUACAUGAAUCCAUGGUAAAUAAGUUCCGGAAGAAUGUAUUACGAAAGCGUAACAACGCUGGCGCAGAACCCACACUGGAUGAAAUUCAGCGAGAACUUUCGAAAGUGGUGGUGGAGGAGGUGUGUCUGAGCAAGGUGGAGAUGAUCCUCUGUUUGGCCUGUCACACCCACAUCCCCGCGGCUCUCAUCUCCCUGCAGAACCACCUCCAGUCCAGUGAUCACCUGAAGAACAAAUCGGAGUUCACAGAAACACAGAAAAGGGAGAGUGUGCUUGCCGCCACCAGCAUCAUGACCAACCCCAUUGUGAAGGCUCGCUUCGAGAAAUACCAAAAGGGUGAGAAUCCUUUCGAUGAUGAGAAACUGGCACCUGAGGACUGUCCGCAUGAAGAAGCAGAGGACGACCUGAACCACGUGGCAGAAUGACCUGUCCACUCCGUUUUUACUACGCUCUCACUCCAAAUCCAUCGCUGGUCUCCAGAACCUUUCAGCCAACCCGAAGCUAUAUUUUGUUCUUUUGGUUCAUUUGGUGUCAUGUUUGAAAUGGCUUUUAAUGCACUAGGUAUUGGUCUUAAGCGUGUAUUUUAUGGCUUCCCUGUCACUACUAUGGCCUAGUGUUUCUGUCUUUUCGACUUGCAGACGUUGAUACUGAAAGUCAUGUCUCAGCUCUGGUUGUAAAUUACAUUGCCCCUGUUCUGCCUGGCAAAAUGAUCCUUGUAAAAUUGUUUGCUUAAGCCUUUUCUUUUUUUAAGAAAGUGUAAAUGUCUUAAUCACUUUUAGUGGGUCGACCUCACCUUUUUAAGGGUGGUUCUCAGUAAGGACUUGAAAAAGACAAGUGUUGUACAGUUUUUCUCUGUGAUUUCUGGUAAUAACCGUUGUUGAACUGAAAUACAUUUUUCGGCAAAGUUAAGGAAAUGUAGAAUUGUGAACUUCUUUCUUUUGCAUUUUCAGUGGAAAUGUAAAUGUCUUGAAAAGCAAUGUAUGAAAUGCUAAUUUUAAAAUCCCCUGAAAAUGAAUAGGCAGUUCUCAUAAUUUAUCAGGUUUGCCUCUGUUCAUUUUUUCAGUGACCUUCCUCUAAUGUUAUAAUGGACAUACCAUUUUGCUGCUGAACUGCUGCAGUUGAGAUCGUGGUGCCUUAGUGUUGACCUGGUGCAUGAUUUACUCAAAGCACCACUCUAUCCAAAUAGCAAGAAUCAUUAAAAGAUUAUCAAGACUGA